ACAAGGAAGGUUAAGGUAAGGUUUAGGGUUAUGUAUUGGGCUUGAGGUUAGGUUUUAAGGCAGGAGUUGCUUAAGGUUAGGGUUGGUUCAGGGUGGGUUGAUUUCGUACAGUUGCCCAGCUCUACAAAUGAAAGAUGGGAGUCCUUGGAAAACGCAGAAGAGCAUGUACUCUUAUUUUACACUGCACUGUGGGAGGAAGUGGGGCAUAGCUUUGUUGUAUUGUGGUUUGUGGGCCAGUUUAACCCCUGAUCCUCUUGCUAGAGUAUUACACCACAUACCAUGAAAAAUCCUGCUUUAUGAUUAAUUAGCUGCUUUCUAUCAUCCAUACGUUAAUCACACACAACCUUUCAACGCAGACGCAUCAUCAAAAUCUUUGAAUUUCAAUUCAUGCGCCAUUAUUCCAUAACGUUUAAUAUCUGUAAAUUUUAAAAGAAAAAUGACAGACCCGCAAUCAAAUUUUGAUCUUUUUAAAUGGAAAAAACUUUUGACGAAUAGUAUAAACAUCAAUUUCCCGAAUCUGACAAAUUAACUUGAAAAGAAAAACGGCACAGUGGAAUAAGAGAACUAAAUCAACCGGAACUUGAACAAAACGGAAAUCAAAAACCACAACAAAAGCUUUCAAAUGGGCUGUAAACAUCAUGCAAAACUGGCUUCAAGAAAAAAUGAUAAAUCUGUUACCUUUCAUUUACUUUCUCAGGAAGAACUGAACAGUCUCUUUAGGGAAUGGUAUGCUUCCAUAAGACAUAAAGAUGGAGAGCAGUACAGCAUUUCCAGCUUUAUCAGUCUGCGAGCCGGUAUCAAAUCGCUUUUUGAAUGAUCCACCGCGCAAUAGAAAAGUUAACACAGCUAACAAUGUAUUCGUGGCAGUAAUUAAAAAAAAAAAAACUUAGACGAAGUGGAAAUACAGUACACAAAACAGAUGCACGGAUUGCUACAAUAUAAAUGCAUCAUAUGCACAGCCCAGCCAUUUAGCAGCGGCAUGUCAUAUAAUGAGAUCGCUGUCGCAUAUAAUCUGCACAUUCACAGAGUGGUACCCUUUCCGACACACACAAUGAUAUUCAUCCACACUUUUGCUUUUAUUUAAAAUAUGCGUGCCAUCCACAGCUCCAAACACAUUGGGGAAACUGCAGAAGGAAGGAAAACCUUCCUUGAUUGACUGCAAUUCCCGUACAUUGGGCCAAGUAACAGUCGGAAGCUUGAUUUGUCAGAGCAGUAGUAAUGCAAUGGAACGACAUAUUGAUGCCUUGCUCAGUGCCAACGUAUCGCCCAAUACAUUCUGGAAGGAAUCACUGGCAAGAAAGCAUUGUGUAACUAACACUUGCCCUUCUGUAGACUGGGCAUGAUGUCUCGUUGUUUGUCUUCUUACAUGCGGCUCAAGUAAGGUAAAAAGUUUCUGGAUGUCCUCCCUCUUUAAAUGGUACUUUGCAGUUAUUUCCUCAUUAGACAGCUUGCCAAAAAUUUUACGCACCUGUCUGUUACUGUAAUUGAUGUGCGCUGAUGUUGUAAGCCUGUAAUUCUCUCGCUCUGUGUCAUAGAUAUACCGCAUGCAUAACAGACGCCAUUUGUUUAGCAACCAUACGCAAGAACGCAAGAAAACUAGGUGAGAAUGACCUUCCGUAUUUAUACGAUGACAAAUUUGGUGGUGAUAGAUUACGAAUGGUAAUGUGAGUGUUGGUAUAUGGAAACGCAACUUUUUUCAGCUUACGAUAUCGUAUAUGGCAGAUACGCAUUCCUAUGUGUAUAGAGAAACAGGCCCCCGGAGAAGCUAAAAAAAAACUGAAACCCUCAACCCAAACACCGCUCGGAGGUUAGUUAGAAACGCAUGGUUCAACAUACAGCUUCAUUUUGCUCGUCGCAUCGGAGAAGGUCAAAGACAUCUUAAACUAUCUUCCGUUUUUGUCAGUUUUUAUUAUGAAGGAAUUGAAUAUGCCACAAUGACAGUCAUCGAAAAAACUAAAAAUCAUGAUGACUAUCUCGAGUUAAACCGAGAGAACCAACGAAGUUACAUGUUGGCAGACCACAUCAAAUGUCUUAAAGUACAAGGAGAAACUGCCAUGCGAUGGAUGCCUCGGCAUUUUACUUGCAUCAAGCAAAUUAUUACAUUUACUCUAGAAUAAUGUAUUUAAUAUACUGGUCAAUAUUGAUAGAUACUAUAAUCACCUUUUUACAGCAAAGAACUGUAGUAUAAUCCAUGCUACUACCAUUCCUGAAUUUUACAGAAACACACUACAGAAUACCACAGUAAAUGGCAGUAUUUUCUAUAAGGUCAGGGUUCACAAAACACAUAUCAUUUUCUCUGAACACAGGCACUUGAACUACGUACCAUGCAACAUAUUGCUGCAGAUUAAAACACUAAAAAAAAUUAAAAAAAAAAAAAAAAACAUGUGAUUGAGUGAACUAAUUACAGCAGCCCUUGAAAACAGACCAGUUCCUUUUAAAUUUGAAUGAACAUUGGUAACAUUGUACAAUGUAUUCUACCAGUCUUCAUGAAUAUACAAAGCAAAUAUAUUCCACGCACCCACUCCAGCAUGUUGGGAAUGGAAGGGAAGAGGUUUUUUUUUUUUUUUUCUGUUUGUUUGUUCCUGCUCUGUGUCACUGCCUCUGCAGGCCACUUGAUGUUGUUGGCUGAUUCCAUGCUCAGAGUUCCAGGCAAAUCCUGUGACGCAAUGAUGACAGCUGACAUUGUGUGGGUGCCAGGCCCUGUCAGACCUGACUAAGGAACAAGGAUGAGAAAGCGAGCCUCACAAUCUGCGAAAAGGUCAAACCACAGGAACUGAACAAGCUACACAGCGCACAGCAGGGCUGAAGAACGGCUCUUGGCUGAUGGACAGCACAGACGUCUGGCCUCACAUUCUCAACACAGGGCAGGACAACCAUGACAGUCAUGUCUCCAGAUACAGGAGAUCUUAUGGAUAGCACCCAUUCCCAGGCUAUUCUCCGCUGCUUAAAUGAUCAACGCACUCAGGCGCUGUUCUGCGAUGUCACCGUUGUUGUGGAAGACAUCAAGUUCAAGGCCCAUAAGAACGUGUUAGCAGCAUCUAGCCUUUACUUUAAGCAUGCAUUUUCCACCCAAGAGGUGUGGGUUUCAGGUCAAGUCUUGCAGCUGCCAGACAUUGGGUCUGAUGUAUUUGCAGGGAUACUUCACUUUAUUUACAGUGCUAAAGUGGAGAUCACAGGAACUGAAGAUGUAAAAGCUCUUAUAGCUGCAGGUAAAAAAUUAGGAAUUCCCUUUCUGGAAAACCUAAGGGACUGGAGUCAUCAGGGGAAACAAUCCUUUGAAGCAGAGAAUAGCCGUGGCUCAUCUGAUUCAGUCCCGCCUGCAGAUGCCGUUUGCUCUGUGCAGACAAUUAGGUCUCCCUUGCUGAAAAAUACAACCAACUGUGGCACCAGUGACCAAAGAACUGAAGAGUCUCUCUGUUUGAAUGGUCCAAGAAUCACCAAUGCAUUUUCCAUUUUUGAAGCAGGACCCAACAAUGACCCGUUUUCUCCACUUGACUUGAGAGCCAGUGCUAAAAGGAUGCAGGAAACUGAACAAUUCCAGAUUAUAUGCCCCACUCUCAAUGCAGCAGCAGCAAAGGGCAAGCAGACCUGUGCCUUAUCAGAACAUUCUUAUGCUGUGUCUUCCACUGUAGAUCAGGUCCUUAAAACAACAGAGCAUUGUGAGACACCUGUUAACGAGGUCAGAAAAGACAGUCCCCCCACUGAAGUACCUACUAAUCACCUGAUGAACCAGCGAUGCAAUCCACUGAAGAAACGUCAUAUUCUGAGCAGUAGUCUGGGUAAAGUUGCAGGGGUACAGUACACCAAUAAAGCACAUGCCACACUGAACCUUACACCCAUUCCAAUAAGUCAUCACAACGAGACAGCUGAAGUCACUAGUAAUGGAAACGUCCCACAGAUGAUAACACACAAUAGCACUGGAUCAGAAUCAGUCAUUUCUGCUGUGGCCGCAGAACCACAUGUAGCCACUUACAGAUGUGAAUACUGCUCUGAGACCUUCAGCAACAAAGCACAGCUGAACAUCCAUACGCAGGUACACAAAAAACAUUUUGUCAGUCAUUUGGCAUGCAAAUUUUGCCAUAAGAAAUUCACGCACCUAAAAAGGCUACGUAAUCAUGAACAAACAUGCUGUAAGGCACAGCUUGACGCAACUGAGAAUGAAAGCUGUGAGCCUCAACUCAGUAUCGCUAACGUAGACAAUACUUCCAGUACAGACGGCAGUGUGCAGCAUGCACGUACAGAAGACAAAUCAGGCAACUGCUCUGGUAAUCACAUAGAUGAAGACAGUUCACCAGUGUUUACCAGUUUACCAGAUAAUGGUGAGAAAGUGGUUGACGGACAAAGGAUGCAUGUGUGCAGCGUGUGUAAACGUGCUUAUGUCACGCUGUCAAGUCUUAGGAGACAUGCAAAUGUCCAUUCAUGGCAGAGGGCCUACCCAUGCCAUUACUGCAAUAAAGUUUUUGCUUUGGCUGAAUAUCGUACCAAGCAUGAGAUCUGGCACACGGGUGAAAGGAGAUACCAGUGUAUUUUCUGUUUAGAGACUUUUAUGACAUACUACAUUUUGAAAAACCAUCAGAAAUCUUUUCACGGCAUCGACCCGAGGCUGGCUGUGAACAAAAAGUCAGCGCACGGUGGUUUUAAAAGCAACCUGUAUCCUUUUAAACUCUACAGACUUCUGCCCACGACAUUUAGAAAAAAACAAUACAAAACAUACAGCCAGACCCUCGCUGAAAAUGCAGAAUCCAAUGAUCCGCCUUUUCAAGUUCCUUUACCACCAAGGCCUCAGAACUCGUUAACCACCCCAUCAGUCAACUUUGAAAAUAGCAUUAUCGGUGCUCAGAAUAGUCCAGAUGCGGUUUGUAUGGGGCAGCCAUUAUUUUCUAUGCCAUUGACCUUCAUGGCCACUCCAAACAUUGUUGCAUCAGUAGCACCUUGCGUUAACUUGAACCAACCAAGUAAUCCAAGUCAUACGCUAUCUUCUGAAGCUGGAGGGUGCCCACAGACAGCACUGAGCACAACAACGCAGAACACCAACAACCUUUCAACCCCAUGUCCGGCUAACACCAGCAGCACAGGUUCGUCUGUAAGUUAUGGAUUCCCUGGACCCUCUGUUAUAAUGCAGACCAACAGAGUCUCGUCUGUAAUAGUGCAUGGGAAUGAAAUGGGAGUUAAUGAUGACAAAGAAUGCAGUGAUGUGCCAUUCUUAGAAAUGACUGGUAGCAGCUUUUCAGAACCUGCUAACGAUGACAAAGGUCAUAUGAGGACAUACUUCAAGCAAGACAAACUGUCAGGUAUGCAAAUAACAGAGACAAGAGCAGAUGAGAUGGUCCAGCCAGAAGGAUUUGGUGAUGCAUCUAAUAGAAUUACAAAUAUCCUCUACCCAGGCAGCAAAACAGAAACAUACAUUGCCAAGCCAGCAUGCCCAGGUCCUUCUUUUGAUAGUCAAGUUCAACCUCUUUGCCAGAUAACAGUAAAAAUUGGCGAUGAGGCUAUGGUGAGAAGGCGUAUUAAAGGAUCGAAACUCUUCCAAAGGAAAAGAAAGUGGAGUAGUUUGGCAGGUGAGGACCAGAGCAGUGUGACAGGAACAGAAGGGAAUGACAGAAAUGCUAGUUUACGUGCAAGAACAGAUACAACUUCAGUCAUAGAGAAUGAAACGUAUGAUGAUGUGACUGAUCGCGACACAGCUGACAAACUGUGGCGCCCUUAUUACUCUUACAAAUCUAAAAAGAAAACCAGAGGAGCAAAGAAACUGAGGUCCAAACACAGGAGAAAAUGCAAGAAUCUUCAGAUCCCUGCUAGACAUCUGAGAUCAAAUGCAAAAGAUCAAGACUGCCUUGAUGGCUACAUUGACACAAGUUACAGUUUGCAUGACACAGCCAUUUGUAACCCAGCGAAAUUGAGAAAACACCUUAAAAAGGGUGCGUACAAAGAGCCUUAUUCCUGUGUCAUGUGCCAAAAUGUGUUUUCAAGCUUAUCUGCAUUAGAGGUACACAAGAUGAGCUGCCAUGCUAAAGAGAAGUCUUACCUCUGUAAAACUUGCGGAAAGCAAUUUUCUCCCCACGAAAUUCCUUAUGAAAACCAUGCCUUCCCUUUAGACAAAAAAGAAUUUGUCUGUAAGAACUGUGUUGAAGAUGGCUCCUGUUUCAACAACAGUUUGAGGAGUCAUAACACAGAGAAAUGCUACCGAUGCUCUUUCUGCCCGCAGCGCUUCUUGUACUUGGCUACCAAGAAGAGCCAUGAGAAGAAGCAUCUAGAAAAGCACACUAAAGGCUACAGCUGCUCCUACUGUCCUAAAGUUUGCAAAUCCUCAGCAGCCCUUGGAAUGCACCAGAAGAAGCAUUUCAUUAAAAGAGAAGAGGAGGAACAAGAGCAAGCAGGAAGCCACUGUGGCAUUGCAGCAAAUGAAUCCAAACUUACUGCGCCACAACACAGUGACGCAGACACAGUCAGAGAACCCAAACUGGAACAGGAAAGAGGAGUUAGCAACAACAGGGGCUUUAAAGAAUUCAGAACACCAGAUCUUAAGACACUGACAUUAUCUCUAGAGGAAGGCUUGCCUCAGACACAAGUACCCUUACAAAGCAUAUGGAACACCUGCCCAGCUACCUUAAAUGAUCAACUUCGUGGUCAAUUGGCUGAGCCUUGGGACCAGCUGAACCAAACCAAUAAUGACAUGACUGGAAAAGCAUAUGAUGAGUACAGCGUCCAAUCGGUCAAUGCCUACCAGAACCCUCAUGUUUACUCAGAGCAGUUUGCCCCGUUAAACAUGACGAGUAAGAUGCAGACAUGUAGCACACAUGCAGACUUUCCAAAGACAGAAUACAAGUCUCCAUGUAAAGAGGAACCCCUUGUCCAACCAGACUACUGGUCCUCUGAACAGAUACCAACAGGAGACAAUUCAAACUGAGUAUUGACCAAAGGUGUACUAACAUAGAAGUACAGACUGGAGGUAAUGAUUAUGCCUGAGCACACGUGUGUAAAUAAAAUAGCUAAAGAUACAAGCAUACAGAUGUGUAAUAAUUUCCUGUUUCUUAGCAACAGUGAAGCAAGUGUAGAAAACAAACCUGAAGCUCUUAAAUGUCCUGUACAUCUUUAGUAAAAAAAACAAAACAAAAAUAUUUUUCUUCACACUGCAAAUAAACAUUUGGUAAUUUUUCAUAUAUUUUUUAAAAUGUUGGUUUUAUUUUUGUAAUGUUGUAUUUAGCUUUGUGUGGAUUCUGGUAACUGUAUCCUGCUUUUUAGAUGUUUUCUAUUAUAUUUAUUUGUCUGUAAUCUACUGGGUAUUGUUAGCUGCACAUUAUUAGGAAUAAUGGUUGUCAACAGUCAACGUCUUCUGUAUGGGUCCUUUCUUUAAAGUGUGGCAGAAAAGGGUAUUACAGUAUGUUACACCAGCCAAUUUUUCAACAUCUAUCUUUUUUUUUUUGUUAUAUUAUCCAACAACUUUCUCAACAAGCUACAAAAAAAUGUCAAGCUGCUAAAAUAUACAUUUCCAAGUCAUUCACAGUUACAGACGUUGUCAGAAUUGAUCACAUUGCUAUUAAUACACAGUAACAUUUAGGAAUACAGCCCCAGUGAUGUUAACUGGACAGAAGUAAACGUCAUUUCCAAAAUGACUUGUUAUCAAACCCUUUAUUGUGUGAUGAACCUUCUUAAUAUUCAUGAAAAUGAAGACAACCUAACAA